AUGAAAGACAGGAGAUGGCCAGAAUACUUGAACUACGGUAUACCUCUAUAUAAAGCUGCACUACGGGGAGACUGGGAAGCUGCUAAACAAAUCUUGUCCGUACAUUCAGAAUGUAUUGCUGCAAGGAUCACAAAUAGGGGUGAUACUGCUCUGCACGUCGCCGCUGUUGCAAGGCGCACCGAGUUUGUGUCACGCUUGUUGACGUUAAUUGUACCCGAAAACAUUCACCUAUUAGCUCUGAAAAACAACAUUGGAAAUACAGCACUUUGCCUAGCUGCUGCUUCUGGUAAUGUUGCAAUUGCAAAGAUGAUGUUUCAUCAUGACAAUGAGCUGCCACUAAUUCGCGGAAAUCAACGUUUGACACCCCUUCAUAUGGCCGCUUUGCUAGGCCAUCGGGAGAUGGUUAUAUACCUCUUACCCCUCACCUUGAUACAUCUCUCACAUGAAGAACGCGUUUUUCUUUUUAUAAGCACAAUUAAUACUGAUUUAUAUGAUAUAUCUCUUGAGAUGUUAAGUGAUCAUCCAGAAUUGGCAAUAGCUCGGGAUGAGAACAGCAAUGAGACACCACUACAUGCACUGGCUACAAAGCGUCUGAAAUAUCUAGUUAACAUUUUCGGAGGCAACGAGGAAACUAUUCGACAGCAUAAAGCUUUUCAAAUAUUUCAUAUUGCUGUUAAAUAUCGCCGGGAGAAGAUAUUUAGGCUGAUAUAUGAUAUUGGGGCCAUUAAGGAUUUGCUGGCAAUAUAUGUGGAAGCUGAGACCCAUAACAACAUGCUUCACUUGGCUGCUGUGUUACCGCCUUCAGAUAGACUUAAUAAAACUGUAUCUGGGGCUGCUCUUCAAAUGCAGCGCGAAAUGCUGUGGUUCAAGGUAGUUAAAAACCUUGUACCUCAACUUGCAGAAGAUGAAAACGCUGCAGAGAAAACACCAUGUGCUUUAUUUACAGAAGAGCACAAGAAAUUGAGGAAAGAAGGAGAAGAGUGGAUGAGAAAGACAGCUAGUUCUUGCAGUGUUGUUGCAACUUUAAUCGCAGCUGUAGUUUUUGGGGCUGCAUUAAAAGUGCCAGGUAGUGAUAAUGGAGCACCUGACGACGACCCUUUGAGUCAUGGGGGGUGGCUUUGGGUGUUUGCAAUAUCAGACUCCCUAUCAUUGGUGUCAUCAACUGCUUCGAUCCUAAUGUUCUUGUCGAUCUUGACCUCAAGAUAUGCAGAAGAAGAUUUUCUACAGUCAUUGCCUCGCAAGCUAAUCAUAGGCCUUACCUUGCUUUUCAUUUCUAUAGCAACUAUGAUGAUUGCCUUCACUGCGACGUUUAACAUCAUUUUUAAGCAUGGUUUGUUGUGGAUUGGCACUGCUGCUUUAGCAUGUAUACCCAUUGUCCUAUUCGCGGUACAAGAAUUUCCUCUCUUACUAGAGGUUUAUCGUUCUACUAUUGGAAAUGCUUUCAUUUUCAAGCCUCAGCAUCAGCUCUUUUGUGAGGUUCAUCUUCCAAAUAAUUAG